UCUCUUUCUCCUUCCAUUUCCUUAUCCUCUCUUCCUGCAUCCAUCCCUUUUCUCUUCCAAUCCCCCAACUCCUAACUCCCUUCCGUUCCUCCCAUGGUCUCCUUCCCCUGCAACUGCUCCGUGGCCGCUAGCCUUACCAAGCUUCCCUUCUCCUUCCCCAGAACCACAGAGACCUUCCAUUUCUGGCAAAGAAGUCCUUCUCACCGAUGCCGUUCUGCUCGACUUCCAACCAUUGCUUUGGGUCCGAGCUUGUUCAAUCCUGGCUCCCGAGAGGACCGGCAGCCACCACGAACCUUGUUUCCUGGUGGCUUCAAGCGGCCAGAGAUCAAGGUUCCUACUCUUGCAAUCUGGUUGAGUGCUGAGGAGGUGUUGAGGACUGAUUCCAGAGCUGAGAUUGGUGCCGCGAUCUCCAAAGGAUUUGGGGUUGUUGUUCUUGAUUGCGGGAUGAGAAUGGUGGGUCAGCUUUAUGAGGCUGCUGGCAUUCUGAAAUCCGUAAUUGCGGAUCGGGCUUAUCUUCUCAUUGCCGAGCGGGUGGAUAUUGCUGCUGCUGUCGGUGCCAGUGGAGUUGUUCUCUCAGAUCAAGGUAUUCCUGCUAUUGUUGCAAGGAACAUGAUGAUGAAAUCCAGGUCUGAUUCUGUGUACCUUCCCCUAGUAGGAAGAAUUGUACAAACUGCAAAUUCUGCACUAAGUGCAUCUUUUUCUGAAGGUGCUGAUUUUCUCAUAUUGGGCAAUGAGAGAGAAAAUGAUGUUCUCUUACAUGAAAGCUCUAUAACACAACAAAUAAAGGUUCCUAUUUUCUUCAGCAUAAGUGACUCACAUGGGGAAAAGCUACAACCUACUGUGGCAUUAAAAUUACUUCAAAGAGGUGUUUGUGGUUUGGUCAUGUCAUUAGAUUAUAUGAAGCUUCUUAAUAUGGAUGAUUUGAAGCCAUUUUCUCCAGUACAUUUGGAAAGGAGAAACUUGCUUGAUGGAUAUCCAGAUUCUACCCAUCUUCCAGAAUAUGUAGUGACAAAAGAGGUUAAUAAGCAAAUAAGUUUCGCAGGAUUUUCAAACAUAAAGGAUGAAGACAUGGAGUUGAUAGAAGCGGAAAAAGCACUGUUACAUGAAGCAGUUGCUCUAAUUAGCAAAGCUUCACCAAUGAUGAAGGAGGUCCCACUUCUUGUGGAUGCAACCAACCGGCUGACUGAACCAUUUUUGCUGGUUAUUGUGGGAGAAUUUAAUUCUGGGAAAUCUACAGUCAUAAAUGCGUUGCUUGGUAGAAGAUAUCUGACAGAAGGAGUUGUCCCUACAACAAAUGAGAUUACUCUUCUUUGCUAUUCUGAGAAUGAAUCUGACAAGCAAGAACGAUGUGAAAGACAUCCGGAUGGGCAAUUUAUAAUCUGCUUAUCAGCACCAAUACUUAAGGAAAUGAACCUUGUUGACACACCAGGCACAAAUGUGAUUCUCCAGAGACAGCAACGUCUUACUGAAGAGUUUGUGCCUCGUGCUGACUUAAUUCUCUUUGUUUUGUCUUCCGACAGGCCAUUGACUGAAAGUGAGGUGUCAUUUCUUUUGUAUACACAGCAGUGGAAGAAAAAAGUUGUAUUUGUUUUAAAUAAGAUGGAUCUCUACCGAAGUACCAGUGAGCUUGAGGAGGCUUCUUCUUUUAUCAAAGAGAACACGAAGAAGAUCCUUAAUUCAGAAGAUAUAGGAUUAUAUCCGGUAUCUGCUCGCGCUGCACUCGAUGCAAAACUUUUUGCACUCUAUUAUGAUGGGAGAAACUUUGAGGAACUUUUGUCGAAUGAUCCACGGUGGUUGACCAGUGGAUUUGAUGAGCUAGAGAAGUAUCUAUUUAGCUUUCUGGAUGGAUCAACACAUGCUGGAUCAGAAAGGUUGAUGCUAAAGCUUAAAACACCAAUGGCUAUUGCUGAUCGUCUGCUACAUUCAUGUGAAGUGUCAGUAAAGCAGGAACUUGAAAAUGCCAGUCAAGACUUGGUCUCUAUUAAGGAAGCUGUCACUAGUGUAAAAGAGUGUGCCGUGAAAUUGGCAAGUGAGAGCAUAUUAUGGAGGAAACAGGCUUUGUCAUUGGUAGAUAAAGCAAAAUCACGUGUGAUUGAGCUUGUUGAAUCCACACUUCAGCUCUCAAAGGUUGAUCUUAUUUCUACAUAUGGUUUUAAAGGUGAAAGGUCUGGUUCAAUUCCUGCCACUUCAGUUGUUCAAAAUGAUAUUAUUGGCCCUGCUGUUUCUGAUGCACAAGGACUACUAGGGGAGUACUCAAUGUGGUUACAAUCCCAAACUGCUAAAGAAGGGAAGUUGUACAUUGAGUUUUUUGACCAAAAAUGGCAGGCAUUCAUUAACGAAAUGAAUUGUGUGCAUCUGGACACUUACUUAAUUCUUGAUAAAGGAGAUGAACAAAGCAUUAAAGUGGUGGAGAACUUUAGUGCUAGCGCUGCUGCUAGGCUUUUUGAACAAGAAAUUCGUGAAGCGGUUUUAGGAACUUUUGGAGGGCUUGGAGCUGCUGGACUUUCUGCUUCUCUUCUAACAUCUGUCUUGCCAACGACAUUGGAAGAUCUUCUUGCUCUUGCCUUCUGUUCUGCUGGCGGCUUCUUAGCAAUAUCAAACUUUCCUGCCCGACGGAAAGAAGCAAUAGAGAAGGUGCGAAGGGUAGCUGAUGGCUUAGCUCGCGAUAUUGAUGAUGCCAUGCAGAAAGAUCUCGCACAAGCUACAGAUAAACUUGCACAAUUUGUUGAAGUCAUCAGCAAACCAUACCAAGAUGCAGCACAAGAUAAUGUGAAUCGAUUGUUGGAAAUUCAAGAAGAGUUAGGAAGCAUUGAACAAAAGAUGCGGGCGAUGAAAGUUCGAAUCCAGAGCCUCAAUGAUUUCAUGACACCAUGACACAAUGGCAAAUUCUUGGGCGGAUGGAGGUGAGACAUUUAUCUAGCUUAAUGGCAUUUUGGUCAAUUAGAAUUCAUUUUGUGCGUGCAUGUUUAUGUAAAAAUUGGUUUAUAAUCCAAGCCAAUAUCAUAUUUUGAUGUUUGUCAGUUGAUUACGUUGUAAAAACUCAUAGUUGGGUUGAUUUGUGCCAUGUUUCGGUUCAAUCUAAUGAAGACUAUUUAUUAUGAGGAAAGUACAGGCCCUCAUCACACAUGUUAAAAUUGGAAUGCUGGAAUGAAUACCCAGACAUUGUCUAUUUUACUGCUA